AUGAAGCGGCGCAUCAACUCCAAUGACAAUUUGCGUCAGGAGCGUAAGCGAGCGAAGAAAGUGGAGCAAGCGAGGAAGAAGGCAUGGGAUGAGCAGUCUGUGAAUAACACCAAGUUGCGGGCAAAGAGACUCGCAGGAUUAGCGGCUUUGCAGAUGCAGAAUCCACUGCUGGCUAACGUCCCGGAUGGUGUCGUUGUAGUGGAUAAGCCUAUGCUUUUAAAAGAGAGUGGAGAAAACGUGACGGCGGUGGAGAGCAAGGAAUGGAGCAAUUACGCGACUAUCGAUCAUGUUAUACUUGCAAGCGACUACACGGUUCCAAAAGAUCCAGCGUUCCGAUAUGCCAAGGAGAAGGACUUUGAAGCGUGGAAGGACCGACUGCAAAUUUACGGCAUGGACUUCCGUGACUUGGGCGUUAUUGACAAGUUCAUGGACCAUAUCGCCGAAACUUUUGGAAGCUUGGAUAUCUUGAUCAUCAACGCGACGCAAACCAUUCGGCGACUUGUGCAUUAUUACAGGCACCUGAUCAAGUGUGAGUUAGCGCCUGUCUCUGAAAACAUGGCCCAGGCCAUUCAAAUUCUACGGGGUCAUGCUAGUCUUCUUGGCAGAUCUGCCGCGACAAGUGUAGGAAGUGGCAAUGUCGCUGUCGACGGGACCGCGAUUGUCAUUACGAACAGUGGCUCCUCGACCAUGAUCGCAGGUUCAUCUGCUUCCGUAUCUUCGUCUGUAGACCUGGCACAGAUGCCUCUUGUUGCUGAGGAUCACUAUUCUGACGAAACAGAGAUUCUCUUUCCCGCGGGUUAA